UCACGAAAUCAUUAGGUUAUUGCCGCGCAGGAGAUUGCGGUCUUCAAAGAAACUUCCCUAUCUUCUCGCCUUCGUUUACAUCGUCUUCGUCUUCGUCUUCGUCUUUCAUAUAUUUUUUUUUUUACUUCGUCUUCGUCUGGUUGGCUAUAAUAGUAGUAAAAAGGAAUUGUCUAAAUUGUCUUCUUCAGCGAGAAGAUAGGAUUUUUUGUGUUUUUAAGGGUUAGAAUUUCUCUUUCAUUUUUGGGAAUUUGAGCACACAGAACCCACGAACAAUGGCGUCUCAGGCACAUCUCGACAAGAUGCAAGUCCGUCAGACCUAUCGGAACCUCUGGCACACCGAUCUCAUGCACACCAUCCAGGCCGACUUUCCUUAUUGUUGCUUGUCGUUUUGGUGUGCACCAUGUGUAUCGUACCUGCUCCGGAAACGAGCCCUUUAUAACGACAUGUCAAGGUAUGUUUGCUGUGCUGGUUACCUGCCCUGCAGUGGCCGGUGUGGAGAAAGUCGUUGCCCCGAAUUUUGCCUUGCCACUGAGGUUUUCUUGUGCUUUGGAAAUUCAGUAGCCUCAACCCGCUUUCUGUUGCAAGAUGAGUUCAACAUACAGACAACACAAUGUGAUAAUUGCAUUAUUGGUUUCAUGUUCUGCCUUCAACAAAUUGCAUGCAUAUUUUCCAUUGUUGCAAUGAUUGUUGGCAGUGAGGAAAUUUCGGAGGCUUCCCAGUUGCUGUCUUGUUUGGCUGAUAUGGUUUACUGCACGGUUUGUGCAUGUAUGCAGACACAACACAAAAUUGAAAUGGACAAACGAGAUGGUAUGUUUGGUCCACAAGUAAUGGCAGUGCCCCCAGUCCAGCAGAUGUCACGCCUUGAUCAGCCUUACCCACCCUCUGUGGGAUAUCCUCAACCAGCUUAUGGGCAACCCUAUAGUUAUCCACCUCCUCAGGCACAAGGUUAUCCAGGCUCAGGUUACCCUCCCUCAGGUUAUCCUCCCUCAGGUUAUCCACCUCCAAGCUAUCGGAGGUGAUUCCAGCGUGUAUCUUAGUCAGUUGCAAGCCAAUUCACAUUUAAAUUGCUUGUGUAUCAACCAUUUCCUAGUCGGAGCAAGUAUGUUGCUGUAUUUGUGUCCUUAGAUUAUCCAUUGUAGAAUACAGGCAAAUGAUGUUUUUGAACAUAGAUCUAGCUUUGGGUGUGUGUGUGCGCGCUUAUAUAGAGACUAUGGAACUUACACUUUCAAGUGUAGGUUCUGUAGUUCACGUUGGUCAAAAAAAAAAAAAACAUAGAUCUAGCUUGUUUGUCCUUGGUAUAGUCUGUCACUUUGUAUUUCAAAAACUAUUCGGAGUGUGUAUUUGAGUUGAACGUGCACCUACAGUUUGUGGGGGGUAUAUACCCUAUUUCACAUGCUGAUACCAAUUUAUUUUUCCUUUUUUCCUCCAAAUAAAUGCAGUAUGACUCCGGUUUACUCAUCUAUUUAUAUGAGUAGU